AUGGUAAGAGGUAAUUAUUAUCAAACUAUCCAUCCAAACACAACCAAUUACGCGAACACACAUUUGAAGUCCCCUAACCAGGCCAAGAAUCCCACAAAUGAAUCUAAGAAUCCCACUAAGGGGUCUAAGAAUCCCACUAAGGACUCUAAGAAUCCCACUAAGGGGUCUAAGAAUCCCACUAAGGACUCUAAGAAUCCCACUAAGGACUCUAAGAAUCCCACAGCCAAUCCCAGGAGUCCCAGUAACCUAAGUUUCUCUUUCUUUCCAGUCACCUGGGGCGUCGACCUCCAUUUCCAGAAUCCGGACAGCGGUUUCUUCCUGCGGCCGGAAGACACCAUCUUUUCCGGCCUGGGUCCGGGCGUGGGCAGCGACGGCGGAGUUUUGGACGUGGAGCGCUUCACCGUGCUGGACCCGACACGGCCGGCGCUCAUCCGUGCUACGUACGGCCCCUUCAGCACCAAGCAGACCGUGCCGGCCCGCUACGUGCUGCCAGAGUUUCCGGACGACGAACCUAGCAACGUGACGGAGCCGGAUGUGAUGGGCCAGCACUUGCCGCCCGUGCCGCACCAGUUGGAGGUGUCGGCCCAUCUGGUCAACAAGGAGGUGACACGUGCCCACCCGGCCGUGCGCGUGCUGGUGCACGGCGCCGGCGCCAGGGGUCACCACUCCCCGCACGUCUGUGUCACGGUCAUUGCACGCCGGUCGUCCGACGCCCUGUCGGCGUCGUGCACGCCCACGGGCGCCGGGGAGACGGGUGGGGACGCCACGUGCCUGGUGACCCUGGCCAUACCCGCACGUUGGUGGCCGCCGCACACACGUGCAACCGUCAAGAUACCCCGCGUGGCCGUGCAGGUGUCGUACCUGGUGGGCACGGCCCCGGGCCCCAGCGAGUGUGCCUCCAGGGACGCCGGGGGCCCUCUUCAGGGAGGUCCCAGGGUGACAGUCCAACCUGAGACCCCUGUUGGCGAGGUGGUGUUGACCCUCGACCCCCAUGGGUACGACGAGCUGUCGUCUGACCCCCUGGUGCACGUGCUGGUGCCACGUGCACCGCUCCAUCCUGGCACGACCAUCCACGCCCCUCUCUAUCUCCACCCGCCUGGCAACCUGCCCGCCCUCGUCCUCGUCCUCAGGUAAGUCACACUCGUUAAUCGU